AUAAGGUUAAUGUGACCAUGAGCGAGUUUACUGGCAAGCGGGGUGAAAUUACAGAGCGUGUGGAGCUGCAUGUGUUUUAUGUACCCGAUGAACAGUUUGAUCGGAGGCUGAAUAAAGUAUCAGCUGGAGCUGUGGACACUUUCAUCUCCGCUGGAUUUAUCAGAGUUGAUUCAGAUGUGAGUCUGUCUGAUCUCAGAUCUGAUCUGGGAACAUUUCUUGGGCUGGACAGAAUCGCAGAUAGAUACGUUUUCUUAAAAUGUGUUGGCAGAAGUUUGGCACUGGUUAAAUUCAGACAAGAGGGAGAACUGACAGUAAAAUCCUUCACUCCACCAUUUGCUCCUUUUCCUGAGCUCUACAUUUUACCCAUGGGAGAGAAUGACAGUUGUCUUUGCUCUAGCUCUCUGACCGCUGAUACUUUAAUUAGCAACACUGACAAUCACAGUCACGAUUUGCCCAGACCAACGUGUGUGCCUGGCAACAUAAAAGAGCCCAUUAAAUUCCCCUCAAUCAAUAAAGGACCUCAGCAGUCUGUCCUAAGGCAGGAUGCAGAGGAGGAUGAGAGUGAUGAAGACACAGGAUCCACUGACACUCCUCAUCUAACACACAGUACGCAAGAUCAGAUUGGGCCUGUACACAAACAAUCCGACAGACAUCCUGCUAAGCAGGGAGGCUUUUCUCAAGUAGAAAUGAAUACAGCUCCAAAAAAGAAACAUUGUUUUAAAAGAAAAAACAGAAACUCUGGAGCUACGGAGUCAUUUGAGGAUUCUCAUGGACUGGCAAGGAAAUUUAACCGUUGUCUGACACUGAAAUCAAGCAAAGAAAAGACAGAUGAUAUGGUUCUUAUGUGUAGACCAACCUCUCCACUCCCAGCAGAGAGAAGUUCUCCACUGUCUGUCUAUUCCCUUGAACUUUACACACAACAAACAACCACUAAAAAUGAACUGAUAGAGGAAAUCAAGCUUCUCAAAGGGCAAAGGAAGGAGCUUGAACAAACAAGGCAAGAGCUUUUGAAAAAGGGCAGAGAGCUUUUAGCUCUUAACAGACAUCGCAGGAACCAAGCACGCGACCGAUGGAAGAGGCAAUAUUUUGAUACUAAGAAGGCAACAACACUUCUGGAGGACACACUGAAGAGUGUACGCCUUGAACUUCACACCUUCUACAGUAAAAUGCUACAACAAAUCCAAGCCCGGGAUGGUGCAAAACGACAAACAAAAACAAAGAAACAUUCAAGCACAAAGUUAAAGAAUGAGUUGAUAAUACAGAUUAUGACAGAAAGCAGUGAAAUUGAUAAUCUGAGGAAAAAUGUGGAUGAUGCGAAAAUUAAACUGGCCACAGAGAUCAAGUUGAGAAAGCAAGCUGCCACAGAACUACAGGCCCUGAAAGCAGAACUGAUGCAAAAGAGAGCUCAGUUAUAAAGAAACACAGAAUACAUGUCUAUGUGCUCAGCAUUAGGUUUCUUAGAAAUCAGAUUUCUUUGUGGACAAAAGUUGUGAUUCAGCUGAUGAAUUGACUAAUGGUGCAAGGGUUUGUAAGCACCACAGCGUUUAAAUAUUUUGGAGAAACCAACCCAUGGAUGGUGGACCUAUAGUUGAUUGCAUGUUAAGAUGGGUUACGUGAGUAUAUUAAUGCCUAAAAAUGGUUUACUUCACUUUUAACAUUGAACAAAAAUCAUUAUUUUCAGAAAUUAUGUCCCGGAGAAAUGAGCUGUCGAUGAAAACCAUAUUACUUGAUCUUAUUAGGGUUUCUGCAGGUUUUAUGAAGGUGAAUGUAAGCCUUUUUAGAAACCUUUUUAACGAAAAAGUAAAGAAAAUUUAAGGAACAAAUUGAAAGGAAUUGCAAAGUCUACCCAUCUGGCCCAACGAAGGUAUCUAAUGGUGGCUGAAAGCUUCAUGCAUGUUCAGUGUUUUUGGUGUGCAAAGUGAUUUAAUUAAAAAUACAUUUUAAUCUGGUUUCAUUUUAUCAUGACCUCGAAUUUAGAUUUUAAAGCAAGUU